AGAGGGGAUGCAUGCCUACAGCUAAUGCAAGUGGCUGCUGAUUACUUUGUACAGCAGCAGAAAACACAGCAUAGACACACACACACAGUGAGGCUGCACUGCAUCAUCCAUCACAUCUCCCUCCCUCCUCUCACCCUCUCUCCUUCACACAGUCGCUCUGAAAUCCAUUUGAAGCUGUGGAUCUCCGCUGUAACAGCUUCUCCCCUGCAUUCCUAUGGGACACUUGCAAUGACUGCAUCCCCAGAUCUCCUGGCACCGGUGCAGGCCAAGAUCCUGCUGAGCACAUGGAACCAGUCCAGGGACCUGACCGACCCCCUGCUGCGCCCCUUCAGUGGGGUCGGCGGCAGCAUCAGCAUGAAGAAUGCUAGCAGCACCAAUGCCCCCAUGGAGUCUGAGAGGGACGUGAGCAUGAUAGUGAUCCAGUUCAUCUAUGCCAUUGUGUGCCUCAUUGGACUCAUAGGGAACUCCAUGGUGAUUUUUGUCAUCUUGAGAUAUGCCAAAAUGAAAACGGCCACCAACAUCUACAUCCUGAACUUGGCUAUAGCUGAUGAGCUCUUCAUGUUGAGUGUCCCCUUCUUGGCUGCCUCUGCAGCCCUGCAGCACUGGCCCUUUGGCUCAGGGAUGUGCCGCACUGUCCUCAGUGUGGAUGGCAUUAACAUGUUCACCAGUGUGUUUUGCCUGACGGUGCUCAGCGUAGACAGGUACGUGGCUGUGGUGCACCCACUCAGGGCAGCCAGGUACAGGAGACCCACCGUGGCAAAGAUGAUCAACAUUUGCGUCUGGAUUGUGUCCCUCUUGGUCAUAUCACCCAUCCUGAUCUUUGCGGACACAGAGUCCUCCAAGAAUGGGGUGGUGGUCUGCAACCUCAUGUGGCCCCAGCCCACCUGGUCCACUGUCUUUGUGAUCUACACCUUCCUUCUGGGCUUCUUCCUGCCUGUGGUGGCCAUCUGCCUGUGCUACAUCCUGAUCAUCGUAAAAAUGCGAGCUGUGGCUUUGAAAGCAGGAUGGCAGCAGAGGAAGAAGUCCGAGAAGAAGAUAACCAGGAUGGUCCUCAUGGUGGUCACCGUCUUCGUCAUCUGCUGGAUGCCUUUCUACAUUGUCCAGCUUCUCAACCUCUUCCUGCCCCACAUGGACUCCACCAUCAACCAUGUCUCCAUCAUAUUGAGUUACGCCAACAGUUGCGCCAACCCCAUCCUCUAUGGAUUCUUCUCAGACAACUUUAAGAGGUCCUUCCAGAGGAUCGUUUGUUUUCGCUGGCUGGAGAACGGGACUGAUGAGCCAGUGGAUUAUUAUGCCACAGCUCUGAAAAGCAAGGUGUGUAAUAAUCACCCACUGGACUUCCAACAGGAGCCCCUCCAGUCUGACCCCUGUUACAAACAUGGGACAAUCACAAGGACCACUACCUUAUAGCAGAACCCGAAGAUGCCUUCUUGUUAAAUAACUGCUGUCAGUCGCACAUGCUACUACUGUUCUACCUGAGGUUUACAUGUAUGUCCCAAGUGUUCUGAUCGUGUGUCUAAUUUGUAUUUAUGAUAAAAUCGAGUGAGCUUAAUAAACGAUGAAGAUCAGCCUGGUCUGAGACAGCACUUUGCUCCUCAAACUUUGUUGUUCCUAUGAAAUGUA